AUGUCGUGGCUAGGAAUUGUGCUAGCCGCGCACAUCAACGGCUGCAGAGACCAGCACGGCCAAAUCGAGGGACGGGGCCUCAACCCUUCUCGUACCACUACAGAAGUGCCCGAGGGCGCCGAGUUCGGGCAGCAGGCCGGCACAGGAGAUCCAUUCUCCACCUAUGACCGCACGGUCGGUGGGAAGUGCGACCCCAUUACGGAGUACUAG